GGCGCGAGAGCAGCCUCUGUCACACACACACACACACACACACUCACUUCCUUAUUCGUCGUAAGGAAAAAAGAAAGUAUCGUGAGAGGACGACACCUGAAACACAUAAGCAGGGACAAAAGCCGCGGGAUUGGGAUUGUUGUUUUAUUUCCUUGAAGGAUUGAAUAUUGAAUUAAUGCGGAGGGAAAACGCCGGAACAUUAAGCAGCUUCGAGCCGUAUGCUAAGCUAGUAGCGCUGUGAGCUAAGCGGGGGUGGCGAGUCUGCGCUCGGAUUCCAGCACAACGGCUUUGAUUUACAUUCGGAUAAAUUCGCUAUAAUUCACCCAAAGCCGAGAGUUAUGAUGAGAAACCCAUUAACGCCAAGGGAUCUGAGCGGCUCUCGUGCUGUCAUGGUUCUGUUAGUCGACUGAGGUACACCGAGCAGCGGAUUGAGCUUCGACCGACGUCGAGGAGGAACGACAACAAGGAAGAAGGAGAGCAACCCCCCCCUCCGAAUGCGAUGGAUUUAAAAACCGCCGUAUUCAAUGCAGCCCGAGAUGGCAAGCUCAAGUUGCUUCAGAAGCUUUUGGAGAAAAAAAACGACCACGAGGUUACCAAGCUGAUGUCCGAGAAAACAAACGGAGCGACGCCACUGUUAAUGGCAUCGCGCUACGGGCACCUGGAUCUGGUCGAGUACCUUCUGGAGUGCUGCUGUGCCCCCGUGGAAGUCGGAGGCUCCGUCAAUUUCGACGGCGAGACCAUCGAAGGAGCCCCUCCGCUGUGGGCCGCGUCGGCGGCGGGACACUUGAAGGUGGUGCAGUCGCUCUUGGGCCAUGGCGCUUCGGUGAACAACACCACGCUCACCAACUCGACCCCUCUGAGAGCCGCUUGCUUCGACGGCCACCUCGACAUCGUCAAGUAUCUAGUGGAACACAAAGCUGACUUGGAAGUGGCCAACCGGCACGGCCACACGUGCCUCAUGAUUUCUUGUUAUAAGGGCCAUAAAGAGAUCGCGCAGUAUCUGCUGGAGAGAGGUGCCGACGUUAAUAGGAAAAGCGUCAAAGGUAACACUGCCUUACACGAUUGUGCUGAAUCCGGAAGUUUGGAGAUCAUGAAAAUGCUUCUGAAGUAUGGCGCCACAAUGGAAAAGGAUGGCUAUGGAAUGACUCCUUUGCUCUCAGCCAGUGUCACAGGGCACACGAACAUAGUAGACUUCCUCGCGCAACACCCUCAAACGAACAAAAUGGAACGCAUCAAUGCUUUAGAAUUGCUGGGUGCUACUUUUGUGGACAAAAAGAGGGAUCUUCUGGGAGCUUUAAAAUACUGGAAGAGAGCCAUGGAGAUGAGAUACAACGACGGCAACAACAUCCUUUUUAAAGGAGAACCUAAAGAUCUUAUAAUGGCGUAUGACUACGCGAAGGAGGCCGGGAGCAUGGAAGAGCUGGACAGUUUGAUCUCCGACCCGGACGAGAUGCGAAUGCAGGCUCUGCUUAUUAGAGAACGCAUCCUGGGCCCAUCGCACCCAGACACGUCCUACUACAUCCGGUACCGCGGAGCCGUCUACGCCGAUUCAGGGAAUUUUGAACGGUGCAUCAACCUGUGGAAGUAUGCUCUCGACAUGCAGCAGAAUAACUUGGACCCACUUAGUCCUAUGACUGCCAGCAGCUUGCUCUCGUUCGCUGAGCUUUUUUCUUUCAUGCUGCAGGACCGUGCCAAAGGCCUUUUAGGGACCUGUGUCUCCUUUGACGACCUCAUGGGCAUCCUUAGCAAAAGCGUGUUGGAGAUCGAGCGCGCCAUGAAGCAGCGACAGCCUACGCCCGACCCGGCUCAGCUUAGCAAGGCACUCGCCAUCAUACUGCACCUCAUCUGCUUGCUAGAGAAAGUCAUGUGCACAGUCGAACAGGACCACUUUAAGAAAGAAACCAUUUACAAGUUCCUCAAGCUGCAGCCGUGUGGGAAAAACGGCUACAGCCCCCUUCACCUGGCCGUGGACAGAAACACGACGUGUGUUGGCCGCUACCCCGUCUGCAAGUUCCCCUCAUUCCAGGUGACCUCCAUCCUUUUAGAGUGCGGCGCCGACGUUAACUGCCGCGACGAAGACAAUAACAGUCCUCUGCACGUGGCCGCCUCCAACAACCACCCCGACAUCAUGAAGCUGCUUAUCGCAGGCGGCACGCACUUCGACAGCACCAACUCCUUCAGGCAGACUGCGUGUGACCUGCUGGACGAGAAAGAGAUGGCCAAGAACCUGAUUCAGCCCAUCAAUCACACCACGCUGCAGUGCUUGUCCGCUCGCACCAUCAUCAAGUACAAUCUCACGUAUAGAGGAAAUAUUCCAGAGAAGCUUGAGGCUUUUGUGCUGCUGCACAGAUAAUGACUAAGGCUCUGUCAUGGUUGGUUUUAAAAAGUGUCUCAGAGCACGGAACUCAUUUCGAGUUCCUUUUCUCCACAUGUACGGUUUGUACAAAAUAAGGAGCUCAUUAACGACUUUGACAAAAGAUCAUUUCUGUUUUGUGUGCAUGCCUGAUAUUUUCAGCCACACAAUGCUUAAUUUUUUUUGUCUUUUUGUUUUAUUUUUGGUUGUUUUAUUUUUUUCCUCUGCAGUUUUGCCUGAUCCCUCUGCUUUGUAUUUGUCUCUAUGCAAAGGUGAUGGGAUAUGUCUAACUUAAUUCCCCCUUUUAUCUUGCUGGCAUCUGCACAAUACUAUUGUAUUGCUUCCCUUUUCAGAAUCCCAUGGUUACGCCCUCAUUUCAUUCAUUUUUGUCUGUUUUCGGGAACAGAAUGCAUUACUCGUUACUCCCUUCGAGCACACAGAAGCUUUAUGACGUGGUUGACGUUACGUGAAAACCAUAAGUGCUUUAUCUCUCCUAUGCACAGCGUAUGAUCUUGCGACUGUUCCAUGUUCCUGGACUGUGCCACUGUUUUCUAACUGCCCGACUACUGUCAUCAUUUUCUCCAGUUUAUCUUGACUUGACUGCAAGCCUUCAGUGAAAAAAAAAAUAUAUUUUUUUUUUCUUUUUAAAUAAUAUAUUCAAAGAUUAUGUCUGGAGGCUGUUUUCGUAGUCCCCUGAACCCACGUGUUUUCAGCAAGCUAUCAUUUGAAAAACGGUUGGAUCGGUUUUCUUCAUUUACAGAACGCAUCGUGUUGAAAUCUUCUCGGCGCACCGGGCCAACGAAUCAAUUUAGUUUUUUUUUUCUUAUUCCUGACAAUGUUUGUAAAAUACAGUAUCAUUCACACAAAUUCUUACUCUAGAUCCAUUUUUUUGGCGAAUAACAAGGGCUUUUCUUACUUAGGCACACAUUUCACAGCAGAAGAAACAAAUGUACAGUCCUAGCUCUCAGAAAACAUGCACUUUAUUGCAGUGGAGUUUCGAAAUUCCUUUUCCAAUGGCUUGUCAAUGUUCCCGGAGCAUAUUCAACAAUAAAACUAUGGUUGCACUUCUUUUA